AUGGGUGGUGCUGCAUACGAUAGUAAUGAUUAUUAUUCUGAUAUGGAUUACGAUUCAAUGCUCAGAUAUCAAAGGAUGUCUGAUGGAAAUGAACAUCCAAAUGAUCAUUUCAGGGGAUAUAUAACUCCAUUUUGGAAUUGCAAAUCAUUACAAAAAAUAACAUUAGGAAGUGAUGUAACAUACUUUUCAUUAAAAUAUUUCCCAAAUUCUACAUUGACAAGUAUUAUAUUAAAUAAUAAUGAUAACUUCGUCGUUGAUGGUAAUAUAUUAUAUGAUAAAACACAAACAAAGAUUAUUGCUUACUUUAAUACUCAGAAUAAUCCAGUGUUUUCCCUUCCUGAAAAUGUAGAAAGUAUUUCACCUUUUGCUUUAGCUUAUAGUUCAUAUGAAAGCAUUACUUUGCCAAAAAGAAUCAAUAUUAUAGACGGAAUAUUUGCUUUUUGCCACAAACUAAAAACUGUUGAAAUUCAAGCUAAAAUAACAAGAUUGGGAGAUGCAACAUUUUUUCAUUGUUAUAAUCUUGAAACAAUUACUUUUAAGUCCGAGUCAGUUAUUACAUCUAUUGGUCAUGAUUGCUUCAUUUGUUGCUACAAACUUUCUACACUUCCAUCGAUGAAUAACGUUGAAUCUCUUGGAAAUCAUUCAUUUGCAUAUUGUCAAGCUUUAACUACAAUUAAUCUUCCAAAAGUUAAUAAUUAUCCAGCAUUUUGUUUCUGGAAAUCUUCUAUUCAACAAAUUACUCCUUCAACAUCUCUUUUUAUUAUUGAAGAGAGUGUAUUUAAUUCAUCAGAAAUAACAUCUUUUGAUUGCCCUUCAUCUCUUACAUAUAUUGGAUUAGGUGCUUUUGAAAAUUGUAUGAAAUUAACAACAUUUAAUUACAAUGACAAAAUUAAUGCAAUUCUUUUCAAUACAUUCUGUAACACGUCAUUAAGUUCCAUUAAAAUAAAGAAUAUAAUCUCUUAUAUACAUCCAACAGCAUUCAAAGGAUCAUUUAAGAUCAAUUUUGUUUUCGAAGAAGGAGGACAUCCAUUGUUUAUGAUUGAUAACAAUUGCUUCAUUGAGAAGAGAACAGGAGUACUUUUAUUUACAUUUGGAAAGAUCUUUGGAAAAUUCAAAAUCUCAGAUAAAGUUAAUCGAGCAAAUCUCAAAUCAUUGUUUAAUGAAAGAGUUGUAAAAUAUAACAAAUAUGUAAUAAAACAAGGAAUAUCAACUUUAAUUAUUCCUGAAUCUGUUAAAGAUAGUUAUGAUUUUACGCAAACAAUGUCUUUAGAAGAAGACAGAUUUGAAAGUUUAAUAGAUUUAGACAACAUUUGUUUUGAAGGUAAAGUUGUCAAUGAAUUAUUACCACAACAAACAAGAGCUUAUAGUUCAUACAGAAAAUUCUUUACAGAAAAACUAAUUAAAAAACAAUAUGAAUACUAUGAUGGUUUUCAAUUAGGCUGUAGCGAAGAGACAAUAUCUGGUGUGAAACCAAAUGUUUAUGAAGCAGCAAAUGGAGAAUAUCCAACAACUUAUAAAUUAGAUAAAAAUUUGUUUGUAGUAGAACUCAAACGAAUGCUUACCAUAAUCUGUUAUUUCAACAGCUUCGUCAGAUAUUUCAUCAACGAACUCAUAAACUAUAUCGCCAUACUUGCUUUUAUUUCUAUUGUUUUCAGAUCUAGAACACCAACGAAGGUUUGA